AUGGCGUCUGCCAUCAAAUCAAACCCCUCCUACCUAAAGGAUCUUGAUCUUACCUACAAUCACCCAGGAGACUCAGGUCUCAGGGAACUCGCAGACAGACUGAAUGAACCCAACUGUAAACUAGCGACUCUCAGGUUUGAUCAUGGAGGAGAAUAUAGAAUGAAACCAGGACCCAGAAAAUAUGCUUGUGAGCUGACACUGGACCCCAACACAGCAUGCAGACACCUCUCUCUCUCUGAGGGGAACAGGAAGGUGACACAUGGGGAGCAGCAGCAGCAGUAUCCUGACCACCCAGACAGAUUUGACUACUGGAAUCAGGUGCUGUGUAGAGAGGGUCUGACUGGACACUGCUACUGGGAGGCUGAGUGGAGUGGUGGUGGUGCUUAUAUAGCAGUGGCAUAUAAAAGUAUCCAGAGGAAAGGAGAGGGGGGUGAGAGCAGGUUUGGAGAGAAUGACAAGUCCUGGAGACUGCACUGCAGUAGUAACAGUUACACUGCCCGUCACAAUGAUAAGAGUACUGAAAUACCCGCCCCCUCCCCCCGCUCCAGCAGAGUAGGAGUGUACCUGGACUGGCCAGCAGGCACUCUGUCCUUCUACAGCGUCUCCUCUGACACACUCACCCACCUGCACACGUUCCACUCCACAUUCACUCAGCCCCUCUAUCCUGGGUUUGGGGUUUGGACUGGCUCCUCAGUGUCCCUGUGCCAGAUCACAUGAGCUCCUGCUGCUGCUCAUG